GCCCCCCCGCCCCGGGGGCUACAGAACUCGACUUCCAGCCGGAAGAGGAGUUGCGGCGAGAGCACCCUCGCGCUCCUGCUUUCUGCUGCAACAUUGCCGGAAACCUGACAGGUUCGCUGGAGCUGUGCGUGCUGGCGGUCUCGAUGGCGUCGCGUCGUGGGGCGCUCAUCGUGCUGGAGGGCGUGGACCGUGCUGGCAAGACCACGCAGGGCCUCAGGCUGGUGUCUGCGCUGUGCGCUUCGGGCUACAGAGCCGAGCUGCUGCGUUUUCCCGAAAGAUCAACAGAAAUCGGCAAACUUCUGAGUUCCUACUUAGAAAAGAAAACGGAACUAGAGGACCACUCGGUGCACCUGCUUUUUUCUGCAAACCGCUGGGAACAAGUGCCAUUAAUUAAGGCGAAGUUGAACCAGGGUGUGACCCUUGUUUUGGACAGAUACGCCUUUUCUGGGGUUGCCUUCACUAGCGCCAAGGAGAAUUUUUCUCUCGAUUGGUGCAAACAACCAGAUGUGGGCCUUCCCAAACCUGACCUGAUCCUGUUCCUCCAGUUAAAAUUGCUGGAUGCUGCUGCACGGGGAGAGUUUGGUCUUGAGCGCUAUGAGACUGGGACUUUCCAGGAGCAGGUUCUGCUGUGUUUCCAGCGGCUCAUGGGUGAUAAAGACCUGAACUGGAAGGUGGUUGAUGCUUCCAAAAGCAUUGAGGACGUCCACGAAGAAAUCCGAGCCCUCUCUGAGGACGCCAUCCGCAACGCUGCACAGAGGCCACUGGAGGAGCUAUGGAAAUAAGUCAGUGCUCCGUUGCAGAUACUAUUUUCAGGUCCUUUAGGAGACUGGUAGAGGGCUCACAUCUCAACACUAUGCAGCAGGGGCUGUUUCUUGGCAGGAGAGCGCUAAGGGCCUUUAGUCCUAACCUGAGAUUUUGGGGGUGUGAAGUCACAGUGUCUCCCUCUACCCACUCCUUGGCUGUAAAGGUGUUAAUGUGUUAUGGUUUUUCCAUAAUGAACUUUAUUGAUAACUCAUCCCUAAAAACAUCAAUUAGUUGAGACUCAUAUUUUUUACAGAAACUAAUAAAAAAAUUUACCUAAAAAUGUA